GUCAUGUGUGUCUAUCCGUCACCGCGGCAAAGUAGUUUUGCGUGUGUGUCGGUCGGUUUCUAAUUACUUUAGUUAUAAUAAGAAAACGAAAAUGUCUCCAGAAGAGACUGUGGAGAGGUUUAAAGCUCUGGGUCUAAGUGAACAGAAAGCAAAGGAAACGUUAAAAAAUGCAAACGUAACGAAGUUUUUACUCUCCGCGCUGAAUGAGGUGGACGUACAAGGUUUGUCGCCCGGAGCCGGUAUGUUGAUAUACCAUCUGGCAACAAAGAUCAAGCCUCAAAUUGCAGAUAAGCUCAGAUUUGUCUGUGAGUAUAUCAGUAAAGGCAAAUUGGAUUCUACUCUACGCGUGGACGCAGCUCUCGAGUACCUCCUUAGCAAUGUGAAUGAGAAAAAAGUUGAUGUUGGAGCUUUUGAGAAAGCCUGUGGAGUGGGGGUGGUGGUGACUCCAGAGCAAGUGGAGCAGGCAGUGGAGAAACAUAUGUCCAAGUACAAGGAUGAGUUGCUGGAGAAGAGGUACCGUUUCAAUGCUGGUAUCAUCAUGCAGGCUGUUAGGGCAGAUCUCCCAUGGGCUGAUGGGAAGGCCAUAAAAAGUGAAGUUGAUGUCCAGAUUUUGGAUUUAUUGGGUCCAAAAACUGAGGCUGAUCUUGCACCACCUCCCAAGCCUGAAAAAAAGGCUAAGAGUGCCGAUGCAGGGAAGAAGCAGAAAAAAGAUGACCCUAAAGUAGCUAAAGCAGCAGAGAAACCGGAUGCUGCAGGCGAUAUUGGUGGAGCAUCCUCUAUCACAGAGCUAAUGAAAAAGUUGCCUUUCCAUGCUCCCGGAGAGAAUUUCAAGUCUGAUGGCUAUGUUGUUACCCUGGACACCAAACGUUUACUAGAGGAACAUCUGAAGAUAACAGGAGGAAAGGUCCGCACUAGGUUCCCUCCAGAGCCAAAUGGUAUUCUGCACAUUGGCCAUGCUAAAGCUAUCAACAUCAACUUUGGAUAUGCGGCGGCCCAUGAUGGUGUAUGUUUCCUGAGAUAUGAUGACACUAAUCCUGAGAAAGAAGAAGAAAAGUUCUUUGUUGGUAUUAAAGAUAUGGUUGAAUGGUUGGGCUAUAAACCCUACAAAAUAACACAUUCUUCUGACUAUUUCGAUCAGCUGUAUGAGUGGGCAGUGCAACUUAUCAAAAAGGAUCUAGCUUACGUGUGCCAUCAGAAAUCUGAAGAAAUUAAAGGAUUUAACCCACCUCCAUCACCAUGGAGAAAUAGGCCCAUUGAAGAAAGUUUACAAUUAUUUGAGGAUAUGAAAAAUGGAAAGAUUGAUGAAGGUGAUGCGACUUUGAGAAUGAAAAUAACUCUUGAGGAGGGUAAACAGGACCCUGUGGCUUACAGAAUUAAGUUCAAACCUCAUCAUCGGACUGGCAGCAAGUGGUGUAUCUACCCGACCUACGACUACACCCAUUGCCUUUGCGACAGUAUUGAACACAUCACACACUCGCUUUGCACUAAGGAGUUCCAAUCUAGAAGAUCAUCAUACUAUUGGUUGUGUAACGCGCUGGGUAUCUAUUGUCCAGUACAAUGGGAGUAUGGCCGGCUCAAUGUGAACUAUACUGUUGUCUCCAAGAGAAAGAUUGCUAAACUUAUCGAUGAAGGAAUCGUUAAAGAUUGGGACGACCCCCGGCUAUACACGCUGACGGCGCUGCGGCGGCGCGGCGUGCCGGCGGGCGCCAUCAACUCGUUCUGCGCGGGGCUCGGCGUCACGGGCGCUGUGGGGGCCGUCGACCCCACCAUGCUGGACGCCGCUGUCAGGGACGCGCUCAAUGUCUCUGCUCCUAGAGUAAUGGUGGUACUAGAGCCAUUGAAGAUUACGAUAACGAACUUCCCAAGCGACAAAGCUGUCGUGGUAUCGGUUCCUGACUUUCCCAAUGAGACAGACAGAGGGUCGCAUAAAGUGGUCUUCAACAAAGUGUUGUACAUUGAGGCUACGGACUUCAAGGAACAACCAGAGAAGGGAUACCGACGACUCACCCCUACUCAGACUGUGGGCUUGAGGCAUGCUGGAUAUGUCAUCAAGGUAUCUAAAGUAAUCAAGGACGGUUCAGGUAACGUGAGUGAAGUGGAGUGCACGGCUGAACCCGCGGAGUCCGCUGAGAAACCUAAAGCUUUCAUCCACUGGGUGGCGGAGCCUAUUACCAUCGAAGUCAGGCUUUAUGAGCCGUUGUUCAAGCACAAGAAUCCUGAAGACCCGACCGAGGUGCCUGGCGGAUUCUUAUCCGACUGUCGUGACGACACGUUGAAGAUUGUCAACGCAUACGCCGAUGCGUCCAUAAAGGGAGCUAAACUGUACGACAAGUUCCAAUUCGAGAGGAUCGGAUUCUUCUCCGUCGACCCCGACACAACACCCAAUAACACGGUCUUCAACAGGACUGUGUCUUUGAAGGAAGAUACUGGCAAAUAAGUCACUUCAACCUAAUUGAUAUUAAUAAUAUCAUAGUGUUUGAUUUUUAUAAAUUUUAUACUCAGUAUUUAUUGAUCAAUAAAUAAUAUAUAAUAAC